AUCUGAAUUAAAUAAGUAAAUGUCCCUAGUACCGUCCCUCUACCGUGGAUGUAUUGGUGUCCGGAACUAAUGUUAUCCUCGAGCUCAUGGCGGGGACCUUAUGUUGUAACAACGGAGACAAAUGUCAGCGUGGAAGGACAUUUCAAGAAGAAAUCAUGUACAGAGUUUUAUUUCGUACAGUAUACACUGCUCGAAAUUCUUCAGUCAGUGUCUAUGAGUCGUGUGCGUUGCCAGUGAAAUGUAACAAGGCAGCUGCUCCGGUUUCCAGGGUUGCAAAUGGAGGUGGAGUCAAAGCCCUCAGCACAAGUUCGGUCAGGUUCUGUGAAAAGAGAAAUGAUGUUACGCCCUCUAAUCAAGAUCAGAAAACAAAUGCAGAUAAAGAGGCUGAUCCCACAGAAACUCCAACUUUGGUUACACAGAAACCUGAAGAUGACAGCAAUGUCAUCAAUAUGGUUGAACAAAGGGAGGAGGAGCCAGUACUGUUAAAGACAGAUGAUGGAAGGACCACGAAGCAGCAGGUGGAUGUCAAAAUUGAACAGGUCGUGGCAACGCCACAACAAGGGAAGGCUGAUGCAGCUAAAAGUGGGAAGGAGAGUCUCCUCGAUCUUCUUGGAGCCAUGAGAGUGGAAGUCACUAAUAAGAGGAAGCUCAAAAACUUAAAAGUGAAGCCAAGUUAUGAGACUGCACCCAAGGCAAAGCCAGCAGCCAUGGAGAGCACUAUCAGUAUGUUUCAGAAAGCUACAGUGGAGGCUUCAUCACAGAGUGAGACACUGGAUCCUGAGCUGGUUGCCGCUGCGUCUGCUGCUGCUUCCACUCUGCCUGACCGCAGCCAGGCCGAGUCUGAGCUGCUCAGGCAGCUGAGGCAGCACGAGGCUGUUACUGAGGCUCAGAAGAAAGGGGACACAAACAACCUUGGAGUAAUUAUUGCUGACAUGAAAGUAGGAAAGAAUCCCAACCGACAGAGCGCUCGGCCGGCUAAUCAGAUCCGGUUUGAUGAGGACGGGCGAGGAUACAAACACGACAGAGGGAUCACAGCUGAGCUGGACGGUGUUCGGAGAAGGAAGAACUUGUUCUCGGGGAAGAGACUUAACAUCUUCUUCCCCACUACUGAUGGAGAAGAUGGAGUUGAAUCAGCAGUUGCCCGGCCAACUUUAUGGGACAUGGACUUUGCUAAUCAGUUGUCCCUGUCAACCAACCAAACACCCCGCAACGGGCUUGAGGAAAUGAUCCAGUGGACCAAAGACGGAAAAAUGUGGCAGUACCCAAUCAACAAUGAGGCUGGCCUUGAGGAGGAAAGCAAUGUCCCGUUCCAUGAGCAUAUCUUAUUAGCAAAACACUUGGAGGAAGGUUUCCCACGUCAGGGACCAGUGCGUCACUUCAUGGAGCUUGUGGUGGCCGGCAUGUCCAGAAACCCUUACCUGACAGUCCAACAGAAGCGGGAACACAUUUCCUGGUUCAGAGACUACUUCCACCAGAAAGAGGACGUCCUCAAGGAGGCUGACGUUUACCUCAACUGAGCUUAAGACAUUUGCAUAUGUGUUCCCAUUUACUCAUAAGGGCUUUGCCACUAUGAUCAUCUUUACUCGUACAGGUUGGAUUUCGUAACUCUUCCAGGAGGCCCGUUAGAGUGGACUGGCAUCAAGUCUGUUUCCUGGUGUCCAACAUUGAACAGUAUCUACUGUCUCUAAAUUGUUAAUUAGACUGUAGAACCACGGUUAAAAUAUUGCUAUUACAAGUGCUUGUUUAUAAGAUUACAGACAAUAUAAAGCAAUACAAAUCAUGGCUUUUUGCUUAUUUAAUUUUCUGCUGAUCCACUGAUCACUUGUUCAACCUUUUAUUUGCAUAAUCCAAUACUAAUGUAGGCAAUUAACUGACUAUAACGUAUCAGUGUUUUUUGUGAUACACAGGUGGUGUUGCACAAAAAAAUGUUGUGUUGAAUAACACGUUAUGGUUAACUUGAUUACAAUAUUGAUGUAAAAUGUUCCAUUUUCAAGGCACGUUUGCCGAUCAGGUUACAUUAAAAAAAACAGUAGACCGUUUAGUUGGAUGGACGGUUAAAGACCUUCAUAUUCAAAGAAAACAAGUUGAUGAAAAUAUUUUUGUAUUCUUUUUGUGUCAAAGGUCAUACAAACACUUGUGGUCGUGAUUAAUGGUGUUUUCCGUGGCAAGUAAAACAAGUAUUACUUAUGUGGAGCAUCUAGGACCUCAGAUCAGGUUCACAGUAUGAGCUUAAAAAGACCUUGAACCGUGUGCCCUUUGCAAGGGAAGUGCUUUUAAAGUCAAAAAACAUGUUAACAAUGUACCACGCAGAUUCCAUUUGGUCUAAAAACACCCUUGGCAAACUAUUGUCUGAGAAAGUGUGGAAAAUAAGAGCUUGACAGUUGAGAGUGCCUCAUUUCCACAUUUUGUUCACUUUUCCAUAAACACAUGAUUAGCAUGAUAACAUUUUGGCAACUUCCCGACUUGUAUGUGUUUUUGUGUGGAAAGAACCCUUUUCAUGCUCAGAAAUGUCUUCUAUGCAAGUAAGCCAAUAGGUGGCACUACUGCCAGCUAUGGUUUACAGUCAUUGUUCCAGAUAAUGUUUGGAUUUCUAACAACAAGGCUGGGACCUAAAUAUUUAAACAAAAAGCUACCUCUGCAAUGCAGUUAAUUUUUUGGAGUAAUUGUAUUAACUAAUAGGACAAAACUGGAUAUGAUUGACCAACAUAUGUUUAAAGUUUCAAAACAUUUAGUGAAGUAAUGGCAGUGUUUUGGAUAUCAAAAUCAUAAAUAACUGACCCAAAACACCAACUGAGGGCUGGACUAUUUAUGAAAAUCAGACCAUUUGUGGGACACACCAAACUACACAUUAUAACCAAAUCUUCUAAAAUAUGACUGAUCUGUUAAGAGAUUUUAAUUUGAAAACCACAUGGGACAAGGUGUGCUGUUCAUU